GAGUCCCAUCCCAUCGCGGCGGAUCCCACGCCGGACGCAUCCUCCCCUUCCCCUCCCCUCCCCCCUCCACGCUCGGGUCGGGCGCACUCGUGAACCCCUCGUCGCCGUCGCAGCCGCAGUUCCGUCGCCGGAGGGCGAGAGGGACGAGGAAGAGGGGGGGGGGCAAGAUGAAGACGACCAAGGGGGGCAAGGUGAUGAACCCCACCGACGCCUUCCGCAAGGAGCAGCGGAAGAAGGAGCUCAAGCGGAACAAAAAGGAAAGGAAGAAGGUGCGGGAAGUUGGUAUUUUGAAAAAGGAUCCGGAGGCUAUACGUGAGCAGAUUGAGAAAUUGGAGAAGAUGAAGGCUGAUGGUGCUCUCGACAAGGCUAGGAAACAUAAGAAAAGACAGCUUGAGGAUACAUACAAUCUUAUUGUUAAGAAACGAAAGGAAUAUGAACAGAAAAUGAAAGAGAAGGGUGAGCAACCGAUUAUGUUCAGCCAUCUUGCACCACCAAAGAGGCGGCCUACAGCAGAUGAAGAUGAUAGAGCUAAUCCUAAGCCUGAGGACUCUGUUUACUAUCAUCCAACCUUAAAUCCAUCUGGAGCACCACCACCUGGAAAACCUCCUAUGUACAAAUCAUCUAUAGGACCAAGGAUCCCACUGCCUUCUUCAUCCAGCGCUGGGGCCUCAUCUUCCAUGUCAGAGUCUGAAGAAGGUCCAUCGACCCUACCACCCCCUCCACCGCCACCACCAUUGCCAGCCACCUCUGAGUCUGUUGAUCCAUCUGCUCCACCUUUCCCUUUGCCCCCACUCCCACCACCGCCCCCACCACCCCCUAAACCUAACAGUGACGCAGCACUACCAGGCUUACCUCCGCCACCUCCACCUCCUCCUGGCCCACCUCCGAGAGAACCUGUAUCAGGUCAUACAGUACUUCCACCACCUCCACCCCCAUCAAAUCCACCACCAGCGUCUAGUGCAAAUGGGAGCAAAACAAAUUCUUCCCAGCCGUCAGUUGUCCUGCCUCCACCACCCCCGCCGCCUGGUUUGCCACCAAAAUCAACUGACAUGGAGGCCGCUAGCACUUCAAAGGACACUCCUGGACUUAAAGAAGAUACUGCAGUGAGGGUCUUACCACCACCGCCUCCACCCAGUUUUCCACCUUUACCUCCAAGGCCUCCAAUGCAAUCUGAUAUGCUAGCUCCUGGAGCCAUGAGAUUUCCACCACCUCAGCCACCACCAGAUUCAAGGCCACCCCUUAUGGCUCCAGGAGUUACCAGGCCCCCUCCACCUCCUCCAGGAUUUCCGCCGUCCCAAAUGCCAAUGCCACCGUAUGGUGUGCUCCCUGGUCCGCCACCGAUGCUUAGGCCUCCAUUUAUGCCAGGACCCCCUAUGCAACUAGAUGAGUUUGCUGCCUUCGUACCAAGGCCUCAGUUACCCCAGCAGCCAUCAUAUGUUAAGUCAGCUGCCCCAACAGUUGUAAAGAGACCAUUAGCACAGCACACUCCUGAGCUGACGGCCAUGGUUCCUGCAUCAGUUCGUGUCAAGAGAGAAUCUGCUCUCCCCAAACCGAAACCAAAGGUGCAGCAGCAGCAGCAGUCAUCAACAGCAUCCAUUUCAAAGCCUUCGGUGACCCUCAUAAGAAGUGAUGCCCAGCCUUCUUCAGCAGCGCCCAAGCCGCCAAGUAUGGAUGAUUCUUAUAUGGCAUUCUUGGAAGAUAUGAAGGAACUAGGGGCACUUGAUGGGUAACUCAAGUAGAGUAAAUGCCUGAUUGCACUUAGCAGCUUAAUUCAUGAAAACCUGGACAUGGAACCUAAAUAGUCGGAGAUCAUUUCGUAUGUCCCAAAGGAAAAUCUUGCCUUGAUUUAAUCGAAAACUGGGAAAACAAUUGUAAUCUACCUUUAAAUACUAGGCUCUUUGUGACCCAACUGUACAAGCUGGAGAUCUUUGAAACUUUAAAAGCUGGCAGCAAAGAAAUAUCUCCCAGCUGUAUUUGUGCCCUGGCUGAUUUGCAGAUAUUAAUAGUCGUGGGUAAUACUAUUGAUGUGCUCUAUUUGUGUCU